UUAAAGUAGAAAGAAAGAGACUGCACUUGACACUGUCCCCCAUGCCAUGCCAUGCCAUGAUGCUGUUCCCUUCUUUCUAAUUCUUUGAUCCAGAUUCCAUAGCUUUGAAAUGAAACAGAAACUGCUUUGAAAAACUUCCUAAUCUCAGAGGUUUUUAAUCACACUCUCAUCUCAUGGCGAUCAUAACAGAAGAACAAGAAUCAGAUCAACAACAACAACAACAAAAGCAAAAACAAAAACAAAAACAACAACACUCCAACAAAACCAAAUCCAAAACCCAAAAACCAUCAACAACACAACCUCAACAAACCAACCCAUUAUCUUUCUGGUUCUACUUCACUCUUUCAAUCUCUCUUGUAACCCUCUUCUUCCUCUUCACUUCUUCACCCCUUUCUUCUUCCUCACCACAACAAUGGUUCCUCACUUUACCCACCACUCUCCGUCAACACUACUCCAAUGGCCGCACCAUCAAAGUCCAAAUUCACCCCAACCAACAACCCAUCCACCUCUUCACCUUCCAACUCGACCCCACCAUUCCCAACCCUUCAGAAACUGUUCUCAUUCUUCAUGGUCAAGCUCUCAGUUCAUAUUCUUAUCGCAAUCUCAUUCAAUCUCUUAGCACACAAGGUGUUCGUGUUAUUGCCAUCGACCUUCCUGGAAGCGGAUUUUCAGAUAAAUCAGUAGAAGUUUCAGUUGAGGGAUUGGAUGGGAUUUUUGGGAGGUUUAGUUAUGUUUAUAGUGAGAUUAAAGAAAAGGGUUUUUUUUGGGCUUUUGAUCAAAUUGUUGAAACUGGUCAAAUCCCUUAUGAGGAAGUUCUAGCUAGAAUGUCAAAGAGGAAAGUGAAUAAACCUAUUGAUUUAGGUCCUGAAGAGAUUGGAAAAGUUUUGGGAGAGGUUAUUGGUACAUUAGGAUUAGCUCCUGUUCAUUUGGUUUUGCAUGAUUCAGCUUUAGGGUUUACUGCAAAUUGGGUUUCUGAGAAUUCAGAUUUGGUUUCAAGUUUGACACUUGUUGAUACGCCUGUGCCGCCUUCAAAUUUGGGUGCUUUUCCUAUUUGGGUUUUGGAUGUUCCUUUGAUUAGAGAGGUGGUUUUAGGGUUUCCUUAUGUUUUUGCAAAGGUGGUGAAUUUUUACUGUUCUAAGAGAAUUGGUGGUUUGGAUGCUGAUGCACAUAGGGUGCUGUUGAAGUCUGGGGAUGGAAGGAAAGCGGUUGUGGCUAUUGGCAAGAAUUUGAAUUCUAGCUUUGAUUUAACUGAAUGGGGUUGUUCUGAUCGAUUGAAAGAUAUGCCAAUGCAACUGAUCUGGUCUAGUGAUUGGUCUGAAGAAUGGAGCAGUGAAGGGAAUCGGGUUGCUGGUGCUCUUCCUCGUGCGAAGUUUGUUACUCAUUCUGGAGGCCGGUGGGCUCAGGAGGAUGUCGCAGUUGAGAUAGCUGAAAAAAUUUCUCAGUUUGUCUCGUCGUUACCAAAAACUGUCAGAAAAGUUGAGCAAGAGCCCCCUAUCCCAGACCACGUACAGAAGAUGUUUGAUGAAGCAAAAAGUGAUGAUGGUCAUGAUCAUCAUCAAGGUCACAGUCACGGACAUGAUCGCCUUGGUGAAGCUCACAUCCAUGAAGCUGGUUAUAUGGAUGCAUAUGGGAUCGGUCAUGAACCAAAUGAUUGGUGAAAGUGGUCACUUAAUAUUACUGGCUAAUAAUCACGCUAGUAGACAUCACUCUCAACUAAAGGCAAUAUGUUGUAUUGUACCCAAAAAAAAAAAAAAAAAAACAACAUGUUGUAUGUUAUUUAUUUUAUCUGUUUUACUUUUUUCAAAAUCUUUGAAGGGUGAUGAGAAGAUUAUGACUUUGUAACAAUUAUAUGCAUAGGGAGACUCUUGCUCCAACCGAAAAGCUGGUUUUUGUGUUUGGAUUUAGGAACAGUUUUUUUAAGGGGAUUAGCGAGAUGAAAUGUACCUGAAAUAUCUUAAUUAUUUAGAUGAGUAAUGUUUGAUGUACUAAUUAAAACUCAUGUCAAAAAUAGGAGAAUAUAUUUAUACUGUGAUUGUCUAA